AUGGCAUCACAGGCGAACUGCCCGCUCUACGUGGUUCAUGUGAUGAGUAAAGGUGCCGCUAGAGCCAUAGCACAUCAUCGCCAUAAAGGACAUGUGAUCUUCGGAGAACCGAUCGCUGCUGGUUUGGCUGUCGAUGGUUCACAUUACUACGAUAAGGACUGGGUACAUGCCGCACAGUACGUCAUGUCUCCUCCGUUGAGUCGAGAUCCAUCUACCCCAGAAGCUCUCAUGGAUAUGCUGGCCGCUGGUGAAUUACAUCUCACCGGAACCGACAACUGCACGUUCAACUGCCAACAGAAACUAGUUGGACGUAAUGAUUUCACGAAAAUCCCCAAUGGUGUGAAUGGCGUCGAAGAUCGUAUGAGUGUAGUAUGGGAUCGAGGUGUACAUACAGGGAAAAUCGAUCCAAUGCGAUUUUUCAACCGCUGCCAAAAUUUUCAAUAUUUACCCGAAAAAGGUCGAAUCGCUGUCGGUUCAGAUGCAGAUCUAGUGAUCUGGGAUCCAAAUGCCACGAGAGAAAUCUCUAAGGACACUCAUCAUCAGGCUGUCGAUUUCAACAUCUUCGAAGGAAUGGUGGUUCACGGAGUCGCCGAAACAACGAUCUCUCGUGGGAAGGUGGUUUGGUCCAAUAACAAGCUGAGCGUUGAAGCUGGUGCUGGUCGAUUCGUGCCACUGGCGCCGUUUGCUCCAAUCGCUUUCGCUACGAUACCACAGCGAGCCAAGGCUAUGGCUCCGCGUUCUGUGGAUAGAGGAGAUACCAGCAGCCAAAAAGUUGUCCAAACGAACUCCGCACCAGUGACUCACAAUGAGAUUACAAACGGAAUUAACCCAACACCCGCACGAAGACCACCACCCGGUGGAGUUAGCACUAUCCAGUUGUUCUGA